AUGAUUUAGGAUAGAUCUACUUCAACAAAUAGCUUGGUUUAUAGCAAGAAUUCUAUCAACAUGAAUUCUUAACAAAAAAUAAAUUAGAAACUGAAUAAUGAAAACAUUAAUUACUUAUCUAAGAACAACAACACUACUUUUUAAAAUGAUUCUUUCCUGAAUUCUAAAAAUGCAACUUUGUAAUAAAACUAUAAUUCAAAUUCAAAUACUAAGGAUACAUAAAGUUUUAUCUGUGAUAAACAAGACAAUAGCAUUUUAUAGAAUUCUAGCAAUGUUAUUCAUAAAAGAUCCUAAUCUAAUUUGCAAAUGUGUUACCAAACAGUUAAUCAAAAUAACAACAAUACACCACUUUAAUAAGAAAAACAAAAGAGAAAAAGUUAAAAUAGAAGACAACUUUCAGAAAUGGAGGUAAAAAAAAUGAACACCUUGAAUUUCAUUUAAGCCCUGAAUGAAAGCCAAAGAUCUAACAACAAUAGCGUUGUUUACUCGGGUUAUGGGUCUCAAAUGAAUAGCUCUGUAAAAAAAGGCAAUUAAAAUUUUGAUUAAAAUAUUUAUACAUUUACGAAACUCAACGAAAUACGCACACAACUUAAGGAACAAAAAGAAAACCUAGAGGCAAAGCAGCAACAAAGAGAUAUCCUAAAGAACUAUUGUGAAAGAGAAUCAGAUAAAUUUGAAUAGAAAAUAAAAGAAAUCAAAUAUAUGAUUAUGGAGGAAGAAGAAUCAAAUUAAAAUUAAUAGAUGAUUAUUAAAGAAGAACCAUAAAAAAGAUAGGAUGCUAUUAAGAAGGUGUUUAUAAACUCAGAUAAAUUAUUUGAGAGUUUACAAAAAGUAGAUUGUUUAUUUUAAAGAGAGUGCAUAAAAAACUAAAAUAUGGCUCAUUUUGAAGAAUUUAAAAAGUAGUAAAUGCCUAUUUUAGGUUCACUUGAAAAACUUUUUUAAGAAAAAGAAAGUAUUAUCAUGAAAAUAUAUGAAUAUCAGGACUUGCUAGAAAAUUAUUCUGAAAAUAGGAAAAUGCAGUAGUAAGAUUUAGAAGGUUAUGAGCUAAGAAACAUUGAAUUAGCACUCGAAUAUGACGAUCUAGAAGCAUACAUAGAAAUGCUAAAGUAGAAUGAAGAUGAUUGUUAGAUUCUCUAGCAAAUUAAUUUAAGAAAUGUAUGGAUGUGUUUGCAAAAUGAAUUAAAUAAACUUAAUUUGAAGAUGCAAGAAGUACAGUAAAAUUACAAUAUUCUUGAUGCUUAAUCUAGAGCUAUAGAAAAAGACAUUGAGCAUGAAGUUAAACAAGCAAAGGAUCUCAUUUCUAUUUAAGAAUAAUCUAUCACUCCAAAAGAAAAAGUAGAUGAACUGUCUUGUAGGGAAUAUAUUAAAUCUACUUUAAAUGAUUUAGGAAAAAGUGCAUACGAAGAAAUAGAGUUUUUGUAUGAUGGAAAAAACAUGGGUAAAAUAAUUUGUGAAGAAAGUUACAAAUAAGAUGAUGAAUAAAUCAGCAUUUUUCAAAACAAGAUGAUGAAUUUAGUUAAAUCUUUUUAACAAAUUCUGGUUGAUGAAUUUUCAACUUAUUGCAAUAAAUACAAUAAUCUUCAGUAUAAUGGUGAACCAGAACUAUAAUUUAUUAAUACAAAAAAAUAACUUUUGUCCAAUAUUUAGUUGGAUUAUCAAAAUAGUAAACUUGGAUAGAUUUUAGAUAGAAUGUUAGAUUUAAACUCUCUAUUUAGCAGAAUAAUAGCUAACUGUAAGUAAAGCGAAGAUGCUAUAAGAGUCUAAAAAAGGAUAGUAGAAAUACUUUCUAUAAAAAAGCAAUCAUUUUCAAAUAAUUUUGAAGAACAAAAAAUAUUUUGCAACUUAAAGUAUAAAACGGAUCAAAAAAAUGAAGAAUUAAUUCAAAUUUAGAACGAAAAAUUGAUUCUCAUGGCUAAAUUAGAUUAAAUGAAAAAUAGGAAUAAGGAACUUUUAUAUGAAAUUGAAAAGUAAGAGCAAAACACAAUACCAUUCUUUACAACAGAAAAUUAAGUUAACCAUACAUUCACUAAUGAAAGGUUAAAUUGUGGCGCUGCUUAAACUAAAAGAUCUAACUGUGAUGACUCUUAUAUUUUUGAUGACACAACUGGCUACUUAAACAAAACGAAGAUUACACAAACUAAUAACCAAUAUCUUAUAACAGCACUAAAUGAUUCUCACUUAAACUAUACUACAACAAAUAAUAAUGUUAAUAAUAUCAGUUAGAUUAAUUAAUCGAACUCUAUACUAAAUAAUAGUCAUAUUACACUCACAUCUUACAAUAAUAAUACAAAACAAUUAACAACCUUAACAGCCAGAAGUAAUUCUAAUAAUUAGAGUUUCUUUUAUAAGUCAGCUACUAAAUAAAAUCCUAAUUGUGGAAGCUAACGUUCCCUUUCACCUUCACCUUCAACUUCUUAAAUUAACAAGAAAUAAGUAGAAAAUAGAAGUUAAAGUGCUCACUAUUAAGCUUAGUAUGAAAGAAAAACUUAAGUUGAUAAAAUAUUUAUCAGGAUGUGUUAAAUAAAGGUGCAAAAAGAUGUAAAUAAUAGAUAUAUAAGAGAGAUCAUUGCUGCAUCAGAAAAGGAAAACCCAAAAGUUUAGCAGUUAGAAUACCAAACAAAAGUAUAUACUAACGAGUUGCUCCAUUUAAAUGGAAUGUAAAAAGAUCAUGCUGAGAAAUUGACUCAAAUUUAUCAUCGUUUUUUUGAUGAUCAAAUUGAAAAUUUUAUUAGAAAAUUAGAGGGUUUUAUUUUAAUUCAAUAGUAAGUUCCCUUAAACGAGUUUACUCCUGCUUUGAAUUUCUUCUUUACUAGAGAAACUUUAACUCCCAUUGCAAAACUAAAGCUAUUAUAGAAGAAAAUGGAUGAUCUUAAAGCAGAGCAAGAAAAUCUUCUCUCUGAUUGGAUUCAACAAAUGAAUAAUAUUGAAAAAGAAAUAAUUGUGAUAAAUUAAAAUAUUCACCAUAUUUAAAUUUUAUAUAGUAAAUAUGAUGUUCCUCUUAUUGAAGGUAAUUCAUCUUCAUUAUUUUACAAUUAAGCAUCAGGUGGUUUUGUUCCUGUAAAUUCAUUUCAAUCUUCAUCUUCUUCUUCUUAAAUUUUUGCUAAUGGUAGAGGAGAAGUUAUCCACCAUGAUUAAAGUUUAAAUCUCUCUGAUAUAGAAGGAAGUAAUGGAACAGCACAAAAACACAAUAGAACAAAUUCGUCUCUCACAGCUAUUAAAUAACAUUAAGCAUUUUGUAAUAAUAAUUCUUUACUAUAAUAAUAAUAAUUUGGAAGCUCUAUGUUUAGCAAAGAGAAUUUACAAAAUUACAAUAAUUAUUCGUCUCCAUAACAGAAUUAAUAUGCAGAAAAGUGUGAAUAUAAUGAUUAUAGCAACAACAGAUAUGCAAGUAAUUUGUCUUAAAAGCUAAAAAUACACAAUGGCCUAAUUGAUCAGUCGAUUUACUAAAAUGUUCUAGAAUACUUUAAAGAAAAUAAAGGAAUCUAAAUUUACAAAAUGUUUUAAGUAAACCAGGGGAAUCUUGUAAAGUAGUAAAUUUUCGAUCCUUUGACAUAAAAGAAGCACCCUCAAAUAUGUGGCUAUGGGUUAAGAAAAUUAUCAGUUGUAAAUGAUGAAUUGAUUUUCUAUAACUAAAAGAAUUAAGCCAUUGAUUUGGCAAUAAAAAUAAAAGAUUUUACUAAUAUAUUCAUUCACCCAGUAACUCUUGAAAUUAUAAAGUAUUAAACAAUGAAUCCAAGUAAUAAGAUGUUAGAGAGAAGAUGUGCUAAAAAAUUCUUAGAUGCUAUGUAUUAUCCUUUUGCUUUUGAAGUAAAACAAACUGGCAGAAUAGAGUGUUUAUGUGAUAAUUAUUAAUCCCUAAAGUAAAUAUACACUCUAUUUGUAUCUGUUUUACAAGGCUAAGAAUAAUUUAAUGCUUACAAUAACUGA